GAAAGCAAAGAGCUCUCUCUCCCUACUUGCGUAGAUAUAUAAACUCAAAGAACCCGUCAAGCUUCGAUAGUCAUCAACACCAACAGCCACCAAGACAAGAAGCUCCAACAUCAAGCUUCCACCUCACCUAGCUCAUUCUCCCCGCCUGCCCUGAACCUGAAUCUUGACAGCACACCUUCCUCGGAGCAUACCAUCGACACCACUCCCACUCCCACUGCCACUGCCAACUACUCCCACUACCACCCUCACUCCCUCUCCCUCUCACACCAUGCCGUCUUUUCAAGACCUCCCCUUCGAGCUCGUCUCGGAGAUCCUCUCGAUUGCCGCAAAGCUAAAUGCCAACGAUCUUAAUGCUGUCACUUACACCUAUGGCCUCACUCAAGCCCCCCGCCCCAUGCAGAACAAGGCGUACAUCCAGAAAUAUCUUCGAGGCCGAGUACCGACCGACGUGCAGCGAUGGCACUCCGUGGACGCGAUCCGACAAGUGAGCGCACAGUGGCACGAGUGGGCGCUGUCCCACGCGCUGCGGGAGCUGUACAUCCGCCGAUGGCAGGGAGGAGAAACCUGGAUGCGCCGAGCAUUCGAGAACGCGCUUCCCGUCGAGAUCCUGCCCGUCGUCUACCAGAACCCCUACAAGUCGGUCAAGUCCACCGCCAAGCUGUUUGGUGACUACCCGCAGCUCGCUCGCCACGUCCGCAAGAUCUGGUUCAAUGGAAUCUAUCGCUUCGAUACCGUCGGCUAUGUCUUCCAGAUCCUCCAGAACUGCCGCAACGUGCGCACCGUGACAAUCCCCUGGACUGCGCUGCGAUAUGGCGACUCGGCGGAUUGGAAUAACGUUCUCUCGUUCCCCCGAUUGACCUCGCUCGAGUUCCUCGCUGUCGGUCUCAAGAAUGAGGUCUGUGAGUUCCCCGAGAGCCACCGCGACACCGAGGUGCUUGGCAAGACCCCCAGCCUCGACUUCAGCAAGCUUCGCCGACUGAAGAUCUUUGGCGACUCGAACCUGAAGCCCAUCAGCGACGAAGACCUGUUCUUCAUGGCGCGCACCGCCACCAACCUCGAGGAGAUCUUGAUCACGAACGUCACCAGCAUCACCGCCAAGGGUGUUUCCGCGCUCGUGUCCGCAUCCCGCGAGACCCUCAAGCUCCUGGAAUUCAUCCCGCUCGCCAAGGACGGCUUCGAGCCCGUCCAGACCCCGGAGGACAACCGCCACAUCUGCAACCUUCUCGCCUCGUGCCCGCGCCUCUCGGACCUGGCCAUCACCGUCCCGUCCGUCUGCCCCGAGCUCUUCUCCAACCCCGGCGUGGACUGGAAGGAGACCGUGCGGGUGCGCGUCGGCAGCCACGGCAUCCGCGGCGAGGGCGACAACCGCGCCGACAACAUCACUGCGCUCCUCGACUCGGCACGCACGCUCCUCGAGAAGAAGAACUCGGACAACCUAGAUAUCGAGAUCGCCGUCGGCCCGUACCUGUUCGAGGCCAAGUCACGCCUCGUGCACGGAAGCUACAUCGCACCCAAGCUCGCCUCCGACAACCAGUGGCGCCCCAUGGAGGUGCCCAGCGUCAAGGGCCCGUACGGAUACACCGGCCUAUACGGCGGUGGAAAGAAGGGAGAGUGGAGCGCCAUUGGCGAGGCGGACUUUGUGGAGGCUGUUCGCGCCGGUCUGGUGAACUUGGAUGUUUGAUUCGCAUAAUCCUCGUUGCAUUUCUGUGAAUUUCUGGGGCUGCUUUGGGAAAAUGGCGUUCUUUUGGGGGGGAGUUUUUUUCUUUCUCUUUCUCGUUUCUUUCAGCGAAAUGAACUCGAAGCCGGAGCGAUGAUUUUGUUUGAUCUUUUCUUUUCUCGCGGGCAUUGGAAAUGGGAAUCGGUAUCAAUUUGCUUUUCUUUCUUUCGGUUUUUCUAGCGUUAUAAUCCGUACCUAUGGAGGAGUUUCUUGUUCUUUCUCUUUCUUUGGUCACCCUAAGUACUUAGCUAUUACUCUAUAAUCAU